CUGUGCAAUAGCUGUGCCUGUUCUGGUGCUGGUGGGAGUUAUCGUUCUCGUGUGAAACGGUCGUUAAAAAGCGUUGUCGAUGGUGAAACGGGGCCUGGGAGCUCAGGACCUCCGCGUGUGAAAUCCUUGAAGCGAGGAGGAGAGAGACGAAUCCUUUACCGACCUGCAAGUGGCACAUAAAGUACUCCCUCAAAUCCCUCCUCCCUACUUAGUUCCAAGUAACCAGGGCACAAGUAAUGUUCUCUUAAUCCAGGGGAAAGGCUUUAAGACCGAGCAACCGCUCCAGGAUAGCCAGGAAUUGGACGCGUAGAAUUACUACCGCUGGGCACGCGCUCGCUCUCUCUCUCUCUCUCAGAGGGUUAUCACGGCGGGUGGUGGGGUUGAGGUUUCGGGCUUCGAAGGACCACACACAUAACAAAAAAAACGGGAACAUGGAUGGCUACACAGCAACAUCGAGCAAACGCAGAUAAGACCCCUCAAGUAGGAAACCUCCCACCAACCCCACGGUUCAAAGUUGGUUUUUUUAUUACAGUUGCAGAGUGUGUCCUAGAAAAAACGUGUCACACUUAUAUGUCGCAAGCCACUCGCAGUGAGUGGGUGGGCCUGUGUCCCUGUGUGUGUGUGUGUGUGCAUAAUUAUGUGGAUGGGUGGAUAGGCAGGCAAUCAGAUAAAGCUUGUACACUGAAGAAAAAACAGUGAAAAAGUGAAAUAAAACAGGAAUUAAAAAAAUUUGGUAAAAGCAGUGUAAAAAAGUGAAAAAAGGCAAUAAAAAACCCAAAAAGAAAGCAAGAGAGUUGCAAAAAGUAAGAAAAAAGUGAAGAAGUAAAAAAUGGUAACCAGAAUGCGAUAACUACUCAUCCCUCCGCGGUUCACCCCGUUUGGGUGGUUUGGGAAACGAACGCACAAAAGCGAGCAACAAAGUUGCACAACAAGACCAAUACAAAACAGUUGCAAAAAAAAAAAACAGACACAUUCACACUUACACACAGACUUCACAAACAGAUAGAACCAAAAAAAAAAAACGCCAUGGGUUGUGAGCUAACGAAGCUGGCCAGCAGUAGCAACGGGGGCAACUCCAAGUCGAACAAUCUCCCGAGCCUGGACGCUUGCGGGCCCCCGCCAGUGGACAGCCGGUUGCCGCUCACCGCCAAGCAGAAGUACACGAUGGUGGCCUCGUGGAAGGGCAUCAGCCGAGCGAUGGAGACGACCGGGAUCACCAUGUUCAUCAAAUUGUUCGAGGAGCAUGCGGACCUGUUGAACAUGUUCGCCAAAUUCAAGGAGCUGAAGACGAAGGAGGAGCAGGCCACGUCCGAGGAGCUGCAGGAGCACGCGAACAAGGUGAUGAACACGCUGGACGAGGGCAUCCGGGGGCUGGACGAUUUGGAUACGUUCUUCGAGUUCAUCCACCAGGUCGGUGCGUCCCACCGGCGCAUACCCGGCUUCAAGCAGGAGUAUUUUUGGCGCAUCGAGGAACCGUUCCUGUCCGCCGUCUCGACCACGCUGGGCGAUCGGUACACGCAGAACGUGGAGGGAAUCUACAAGCUCACCAUCAAGUUCAUCAUCGAAACGCUGGUAGCGGGCUACGAAGCAAGUGCCAACAACAAUGUCGACAACACCACCUCCAGCAGUACGCCCGCCACCAAGCUGAGCGACGAACCGAACCGGGCGUCCUGAGCGCCCACCUAGACGCAGGGGCACCUCCUAGAUGGCUAAGGGCUAUAGUCACCACACACACACACACACACACACACACCAACCCACACAACAGUGUCGCCUAGUUUUACGUGGGCGAGAUGAUGAUGAUGGGACACAUCAGCGGAGUCCUCCAUUAAAGCUUCUCCAUUGCGCAUCCCUGCCUGCCAAUGUGCAGGUCCUUGGUAGGGGACGUGGACCCAACUCCCGACACAGCAGUCACUCCAAAACCCUCUUCUGCUGACCAGCGUGCGCGCACGUGUGUGUGUGUGUGUGAGUGUGGUAUAUGCAUACAUAUACAUUAUCGAAAUCGUCGUCGUCGUUGUCGUCGUUAGACAAAAAGAGCGCCAUUUGUAGAGUUAGCGUGUGGUGGGUAGAACUAAUCCCGCCGUGGAGGAUAGCCACGGCAACCUGUUAGAAAGAAGCAGAAAGGAGCUACAAUGUCCCUGGGACAGCUGAACAGCAGUAUUAAGCAGGGGCGAGAGGCAAAAUAUCAUUUUAUAGUGAGAACAUACCAAAUCGGAGGUCGGAGGCUGUCUCCAGCUCCCUCUCCUCAAGCGGGAAACCUAUUAUCCCACAACCGCUCCCCGUUCUUCUGGAGGCCGGGCAGGUGAGUUUAAGGUAUUUACAUCCAAAGAGUGUCCGGCGAGCAGAUGGGACGAUGGUGCGCAGGAUAUUGGGAGCCUAUUAACGGUGUUUUGUUGGGGGGGG